AUGAAUAAUCAGGAAUUCAUGUUUCGUCCGAUGGUACAACGAGGCGAAUGGUACAUUGGAAACUUGAUGUGCGACAUUUAUAUGGCAUCUGAUGUGGCUUGCAGUACCGCAUCCAUACUUUUACUUGCGAUUAUUAGUUUUGAUAGGUUCGUUCGACUUCGAAGACACUACGCAUUGGCCACUACGAUCUUCAUUGUCAGUUAUCACCAUUCCAGGUAUCGAGCAGUAAGCCGUCCAAUUCAGUACUCUCGCCAAUCGCAGAACGUGCGACGAGUUUUCGCGAUGAUCGGCGCCACCUGGGUAAUUUCGCUGCUCGUCGCCCAGUCCCAUGGGGUGAACGUGCGACCACCGGAUGCGAAUCCUCACGAGUGCCGCUUUUACAACGCUGAGUUCUCCAUUGGCUCAUCGAUCAUUUCAUUUGUGAUUCCAUGUAUUCUGGUGCUGUUCGUCUAUAUUCGGAUUCUUAUCGCUCUGAAGAAACGCGAGAAGGCCGCAAAAUUGCGUCGGCUAAAGCAUCUACAGGCGGGCGCC